ACUCCAGUUCGGCUCAGCAACUUCGCAUUUUUUCCCCUUCCUCCGAGCUCGAAGAAGGGAAAAAUGGCGUCGACUUUUCUCAAGAAACUCGCUCGGACCGCGCCGAUCGCCGUCGCCGAAUCGUACCGGCGCCGCUCGAACUCGAACUCCGGCGGCUUCCGCAUUCCCGUCGGGGCGAUCGCCGCCGUCUCCGGGGGCUUGUCCUGCUUCUACUUCGCAUCGUCUCCGAACGUGGCUCAUCUUGACCAAGUGGGUGAAGACACCGGCUCAAAAAUUGCUCUAAAUCCAGAUAAAUGGAUUGAAUUUAAAUUGCAAGACACAGCGAGGGUUAGCCACAACACUCAGCUAUUCAGGUUUUCAUUUGAUCCGAAUGUCCAGUUAGGUUUACACGUUGCUUCGUGCAUCUUGACAAGAGCUCCAACUGGACAAGAUGCUGAAGGGAAGACAAAAUAUGUUGUUCGCCCGUAUACACCUAUAUCAGAUCCUGAUGCUAAGGGGUACUUUGACUUACUGAUUAAGGUGUAUCCAGAAGGUAAAAUGAGCCAGCAUUUUGCUAUACUAAAGCCUGGUGAUGUAGUUGAAGUUAAAGGGCCCAUUGAAAAGUUCAAAUAUACCCCCAACAUGAAGAAAAAUAUUGGAAUGAUUGCAGGAGGCACUGGCAUAACACCGAUGCUUCAGGUGAUUGAUGCCAUAUUGAAGAACCCUGACGACAAUACUCAGGUGUCUCUGCUAUAUGCUAAUGUCUCUCCAGAUGACAUAUUGCUGAAACAGAAACUUGACAUACUUGCAGCCAGUCACCCAAAUCUAAAGAUAUACUAUACGGUGGAUAAUCCUACAAAGAAUUGGAAAGGAGGUAAAGGCUACAUAUCAAAAGAUAUGGCCAUCAAGGGCUUGCCGGCUCCAAGUGAGGAUGCUCUUAUACUUGUCUGUGGUCCUCCUGGAAUGAUGAAACAUAUUUCUGGUGAUAAGGCUAAAGACCGUUCACAAGGCGAGCUCACUGGGAUACUGAAGGAACUUGGUUAUACUGAGCAGAUGGUGUACAAGUUUUAGAGUUCAUCACAAUUUUGUAUCUCAAUCAUGCUUUAUGCGCAAGAAGAUCAUGUGCAAUUAAUAAUUCACCCUAGUACAGACUGAACAUGAGAUUGGAUAUCAUCGCAUGGGAAAUACUAAAUGCCUCAUGGUGACAGCUUCUGCUGAUUUUAGGAAGCAGGGUACCCUUCACAAAAGUGCACAUUCACAGCAACGGAUGAAAUAAAAUGAAGCACACACUUUGACUGUGCUUCUGGAGUGUAAAUUUUUCUGACAGAGGUACACACUACAUUUCAAUCCAUUGAAAGAUAUUGGCAAAAAUUUUAGUCAA